CUUCUUUCUCAACUCACGGGGUUCAAUUAUCUUUCCACUUUUCCCUUCGUUUUCCAUAAUAAAGGGUACAAUUAUUUCUGGCUGUACUACCAACUGUCUCUAUAUAUCCUGCUCAUUGAUUGAGUAUCUCUAACGAAAAACCCACAUUAUGUUCAGCGCAGCAGCCCGGCGCACCAGCGCCCUGCCUCGAACCAUCACACAUAACCACCAACAUGCCUUCUCAACACGCUCGAUACCUGUCCGUCCACGUCCAGUUACCCCCCUCAGCCGAACCCCCUCGAUUGUCCGCCCCACUGCCCCCCAAACCCGACACCUCUCGUUUGGCCAAAAGAUGAAGCGCGGCUUCCAAGAAGCCUCCAAAGGCAUCUGGCGCAAGAACCCCAUCCUCCUGCCUCUGGCAUUGGUCUCCGUUGCUACCGCCUCCGGCAUCUUUGCCUACAUCGCCUACGUCGAGGCCACCCAGGUGGCGCCACAAUACCACAAAUUCCCGGCACCGGUUGCGGAGCGGCUCCGCACGGCGGUGUACUAUACGGAAGUGGACUUGAACCCGCACAAGGCAGUCAAGGCGUAUAAAGAGGCGUAUAAGCUAGGAGGCGAUUUGAAAAUGCAUCCAUUCUCGGACGAAAUGAUGGGGAUCAAGUUGCAGAUUGCGGCGGUGCUCGAGAAGGCGGGGCUUGUUCCGGCGGCGAUUAAGGUGUUGGAGAAGAUCAGAGCAGAUGCGUGUCUCUGGGUGCAGUCUUCCUCUAAGGAACCAAACCUCGAGGGGGUGGAAAAACCAGAGGAUAGGAAGAAGACUGCCGAGGAGGCCGCGUACCCGCUGGAAGCUGACCCGGACAUUCUCGAUGCCUAUGAGCAGAUGAAGGAGGUGGAUGCAUAUGAUGCCCAGCAACGGGACAAGUCAAAGGCGAAGAUUGUGGGAAUCUCGAUGAAGCUGGCGGAGCUGUAUCGGAGCGAUUACGUGCAGGAUGAUGCCAAGGCGGAGGAAGCGCUGGGGUUCGCGGUGGACUAUGCUCUCCGGGAAAUGCAACGUCGUGCCGAUGCGGGUCUUCCGAUCGGUGGAGGCCACUGGAUGUCUUUGACUGAGAUCGCAGCGGCCCUGACGGACAUGGGCAGCUUUUACUACGAAACGGGUCAAGAACACUAUGCUCUGCCCUUGUUAUUGCGCUCAUUGGACUUGCUCAUCGCCGAUGAAAAAGACACGCCGUCUUGCAAGCAGGUGACGGUCCUCUGCAACAUCAGUUCCACUAUCGGCGAAGCAGCCAUGAAGGGCCGUCCAUCCGUGGAGCCCGGUGUCACACGGGAAGAGGCCAUCGAGAAUUCGCGCAAGUGGGCCCUCCAGGCCCUUGCUAAAUGUGCUCAGAUCCGCGACGGCCAGAAUGAGCAGUGCGAAGCCGGCUCCGCAGGUGCCCAUCUUAUCCUGGGAGAGCUGGCCUCGUUUCAGAACAAGCGGGAAGAAGCUAUAAAACAUUAUACCGAGGCCAGGGACGGGUACCAGAACACCAACGACCAUGAGCUUGCGCGUUUGAUCACGGACUGUAUUAACGAGGUGAAGAGCAGGAAAUAAUAUGAUGACCAUUGCAGGACGCUGAACCUCUGAUGAUACCCGCAGGGGAACAUGUAUAUAUAGUAUUAGUGUAGUAUAGCAUACACAGGAUAGAAAGGCCAGGCCAGGUGCAACAUGC